UGAAAAGCAUAAAGGUGAAUUUUGGAAUCAGACACAUUGUUGUUUAUCAUUAUCCAUUGUUAUUGCCUGCGACACAAUGAGGCUUUGAUUUUGAAAUGAGUCCAAUACAUACAAGGGGCAAAGCACAGUGCAGCAAUUACCUCUAAUGCGCCUUUGCACUGGCUGGGGAUAUUUCUUCAGCUUUACUCUUGUAUGGUUACCCAUUCCUGUACUUCUCUUUCUUUGUUUUUUCUUUCUUUCUUUCUUCUUCUUCUGUAUUUAAAAAUAGGCUUUACAUUCUCUGCUUAUGACAUAUGGGUUUAUUGAGAACAUUUAGUAAGAAACAUGUGUAGUAUGACUGUAACUGAUACCCUUGUAUGUAGGUCACUCGGAUCUGGGAAUUGGUGGGCAUGGAUUUAAUAGGACCAUUACCAGUAACAAAGGAUGGAUACCAGUAUAUAUCGACAGCCAUAGAUUAUCUUUCAAGAUGGGUGGAAGCCUUUCCACUUAGAAGUAAGUCAGCAUCUGAGGUGGCAAAGGGCAUGUACAAAAUGAUUGUUCGACGUGGAUGCCCACAGCGGAUGCUGACAGAUCUUGGUCUGGAAUUCAAUAAUAAGUUUAACCUGUAUAUCUGUGAAAGAUUGAGAAUAGCUUCACCAGCCUGUACCACCCACAAACCAAUGGCUUGGUUGAAAACGCUAAUAAAUCCAUCUAAAGGUAAGUGAAUAGGUGGGAAUAUUACAGUACUAAUGGCAAGGACAGUGUGCUAUGCAAGAAGAUGCAACUCACAAAAAAAUCUUCAAAAGCAAUGUGUUGCAUGGAAAGUCUUUUUCAUUAUGUAUUACACCUUUUUGAUUAUGUAUGAUCUGUUUCAGUCAAGACCAUACGUGUGACUUUCUUUUUUUAAACAAACCAGUCAAUGAGCAUUUGUUGCACAGCAUUGCGGAAGAUGGUUGAUGACAAUGGGAGUAAUUGGGAUGAAUUACUUGACCCCAUUUUGUUUUCUUUGUGAACUAAAGUACACGCAACAACAAAAAUUUCACCCUUUCAACUAAUGUUUUGUGCUGACCCAGUGUUUCCAGAAGAAGUCUCAGAGAAUUACAUGGUAAGUGUAUGUUAUUACCAGCACCUUUCAUGUACACAUGGCAUUCAGUGUGUCUUCAUUUUACAAAUACAACCCCUUCUCCAUUUGUUUACAAAGAUCCCAGAUAUGAAUACAUUCGGGGAAGAUUUCUGCAAGGAGCACAGCAUAAAUAUGAAAUCAAGACAUGAUGCUGACAUUGCACUGGCCCUAAGUAACACUUCUAAAGCACAAGAAAAACAACAAAGACAUUAUGCUAAAAGAAAGAUUUCUAAAUAUGGGGAAAUAACAUUGGAUGUUGGGGACUCUGUUCUGUUACUGAACGCUAGAAAGAGAACAAGAAAAGGAGGCGUACUGGAACCUAGGUAUCGGGGCCCAUACAAUAUUACAACUGUUGAGGGUAAGAGAGUGAAAUUACAAACCAUCUCAGGAAAACGGUUAGGAACCAUGUACAGUGUCACACACUUAAAACCAUGUAAAGAGCCACCCACAUUAGCUGCUGAAAGCACAUCAGAGGGAAAAAUCGGAACUGAAAUUGCAGUUGGUGACACUGAACCAGAAACACCCUCCGAAGAGAUUAGAAAUGUGGAGGGCACUGUAUCUCACGCCAGCACAGUGAAAACCAUCGAGGUCACAGCAACGGAAGAAGAGGAGCAUAUAGGGCAAGAUGUUUCAAACCGUGAUACAAGCGAUGCUGAUGACAAUUUUGAUGACAUGCUUAUGGAGGAGGUGGAAGACAAGCAAUGGAUUCUGAAAGUCAAAUUUGUAAUGACCGGCAAACACACAGAGAGACUGGAAGCCAAAGUGAGAAACAUAAAAUUGCAUGGCUCUUCAUUUCAUUGCCUGAAACCGAGAAGCUGGAUAAGUGAUGAAGUACAUUUAAGUACCACUAAUCAUGUAUUUGUUAACGGCAUUGAUUCAUCAAAUAUUAUUGAAAUUGUGCCUUUUCUUUCAUCCUGUGUUGUAGGUUAUUGAUGCACAUUUGAGCUGUGUGGUUGAGAAAGCAGAUGGAAAGGUCGGCUACUUACUGUGAUGGUACAUGAAAGUGUACAUUGAUUCAAUAAGUAAACAAUCACGUGAAUAUGUGGCACAACAUAUUUAAGUCCAAAUACCCUUGAA